UUCCAAAACAUUGCACAGCAAAAACCCUUCUUUCUUGACUAAACCAACAAUACUUAGCUACUAUUGGGGCUUGAGAAUAUGGGUUCCAAGGCCACUACAACCCUAGCUCUCUUUCUUGCCUUUAACCUUAUCUUUUUCACUCUGGUCAGUGCUUGUGGUGAUUGCCCAAAACCAAAGCCAAAACCGAAGCCAUCACCACCACCUGCUGUACCAUGCCCUCCUCCUCCAUAUUCUCCUACUCCCAAUCCUCCUCAAAAAUAUUGCCCAAGAGAUGCCCUCAAACUGGGUGUAUGUGCUAAUUUGCUGAAUAUAAUUGGGAUCUCCAUCGGAUCUCCUCCAACAGAACCGUGUUGCUCUCUCCUUCAAGGCCUUGCUGACCUGGAGGCAGCUCUUUGCCUCUGCACAGCCAUCAAAGCCAAUAUUUUGGGCAUCAACCUUAAUGUCCCAGUUUCCCUGAGCGUGAUUCUGAAUGAUUGUGGCAAGAAGGUUCCAAACGGGUUCCAAUGUGCCUAAACAGACUUGCUUGUUUAUUGUUCUAAUGUGCUUUUCAUUUGUUGCUCAACCAUGAAUUUACUUCUAAAGAGUCCUCCCCCUAAACAGUGGUAAGGGUAACUUCUUGUUACCUUUGUCUAAAUGUUUUCUCAGCUUUGAUGUUUGUGAUUUCUCAUAAGGUCUAAGCUUGUAUCUUUCAAUGUCGUGAUCAAUAAAAAGUUAAUAAGCCUUUUUUAGUACA